GUCGGCGUCGGGCUUCGCCGGUUGCCGGGAGAACCCGUGACAACAAAAGGCGCGGACUGCGGCGGCGGCGGCGGCGGCGGCGCGGUGGAAGGAAACCGAGGAGUUCUGCGCUGCGCUCGCCGCCGGGACGGGCUUUCUCUGGCCGGAGUCCAGAUCUUAUGUAAAAUGGAUGGCUCUCACACUAGACACUGAAUGUUAAGUAGAAAAUCUGUUAGGAAAAUCUAAGCUGCCAUGGAGGAAAUACCAGUAAAAGUUGCUGUAAGAAUUAGACCUCUGCUAUGCAAAGAAGUUCUUCAUAAUCAUCAAGUUUGUGUGAGAGUUAUUCCAAACACCCAGCAAAUUAUCAUUGGGAGAGACAGAAUCUUUACUUUUGAUUUUGUUUUUGGCAAAAGUUCCACUCAAGACGAAGUUUAUAAUACGUGCAUAAAGCCACUAGUGUUAUCACUCAUUGAAGGCUAUAAUGUAACUGUUUUUGCCUAUGGACAAACUGGAUCUGGGAAGACAUACACCAUUGGAGGAGGCCAUGUUGCUUCAGUUGUAGAAGGUCAAAAGGGUAUCAUUCCUCGAGCUAUCCAAGAAAUAUUUCAAAACAUUUCCGAAAAUCCUAGCACUGACUUUAAAGUAAAAGUUUCUUAUAUAGAAGUAUAUAAGGAAGACCUAAGAGAUCUUCUAGAAUUGGAGACAUCUGUGAGGGAUCUUCACAUCCGAGAAGAUGAAAAAGGAAACACAGUGAUUGUCGGGGCCAAGGAAUGCCAGGUGGAGAGUGCAGAUGAAGUGAUGAGCCUCCUGGAGAUGGGCAAUGCAGCCAGGCGUACAAGUACCACCCAAAUGAAUGAACACUCCAGUAGAUCACAUGCAAUUUUUACAAUCAGCAUUUGUCAAGCUGAAAAAAAUACAGAGGCAGCUAAAGAUGGAUCAUGGUCUUCCCGUCAGCAUAUUGUCUCAAAGUUCCAUUUUGUGGAUUUGGCUGGAUCAGAAAGAGUAACGAAAACAGGGAAUACUGGUGAACGGUUCAAAGAAUCCAUUCAGAUCAACAGUGGGUUGCUGGCUUUAGGAAAUGUAAUAAGUGCUCUUGGGGACCCACGCAGGAAGAGUUCACAUAUUCCAUAUAGGGAUGCUAAAAUUACCCGGCUUCUGAAAGAUUCCCUGGGAGGCACUGCCAAGACUGUCAUGAUUACUUGUGUCAGCCCAUCGUCCUUCAAUUUUGAUGAAUCCUUAAAUUCUCUCAAGUAUGCCAAUAGAGCACGCAACAUCAGGAACAAGCCCACCUUAAACUUCAGCCCUGAGUCAGACCGGAUGGAUGAAAUGGAAUUUGAGAUUAAGUUGCUUCGAGAAGCUUUGCAAAGUCAGCAGGCUAGUAAUAGCCAAACCAGCCAGAUCCAUCGAGAGGGGACUCCUGAUAACAGGAUCCUUUCUCUCGAGGAACAAGUAGCUCAGCUCCAAGGAGAAUGUCUGGGUUACCAACAUUGUAUAGAGGAAGCCUUCACCCUCCUGGUGGAGUUAAAGGACACUGUCAGUCUAAACCAAAAGCAGCAACAGAAGCUGCAGGAGUGGUUUAACAUGACCCAGGAGGUCAGGAAGGUGAUCCCCAGCUCAUUCAGAGGAAGCUGCGGCAUUGGAAACCUGGAAGAAGGACCACAGCAUAUUAGAGUUAACCAACUGAAGCGAGAGCUGAAGAAAUGCCAGAAUGAAAAAAUAAUAGAACAACAACUUCUGGAUCAACUGAGUGGAGAACCAACAAAACUUAACCUGUCAAUGACUUCUUCAGCUAAGGAAAUUUGUGGAGAUGGGCCAGAUGCCAGGAUACCAGAAAAGAGACCAUAUACUGUACCGUUUGAUGCUCGUUUGGGACGUUAUAUUUAUAUCCCAGAAAGAUCAGAUGCCAGGAAGGUCUACACAAGUCCUUCUGUGUACUCUCUGGAUCGAGUAGUUGCUGGAUUUCGAACACGAAGUCAAAUCCUGCUGGGUCACAUAGAAGAACAAGAUGAAGUCCUCCACUGCCAAUUUUCUGAUAACAGUGAUGAUGAAGAAUCAGAAGGCCAAGAGAAAUCUGAAAUUAGACAUAGAAAUCACUCAUGGAUUCAGAAGCCAGACUCUGUUUGUUCUCUUGUUGAAUUGAAUGAUAUUCAUGAUCAAACACAAAAGUCAAGUUUGGGGAAUGAAGAUUUAAAGAUUGAAUGUCUUCAGGAGAGUCAAGAGUUGAAUUUGCAAAAAUUAAGGCAUUCAGAACUCAUACUUACUGAAGCUAAACAAAAAAUAAGAGAACUUACAAUUAACAUCAAUAUGAAGGAAGAUCUGAUUAAAGAAUUAAUGAAAACAGGUAAUGAUGCCAAGUCUGUAAGCAAACAGUAUUCUCUGAAAGUAACAAAACUUGCCCACGAAGCAGAACAGGCAAAAGUGGAAUUAAUUGAGACAGAAAAGCAGCUACAGGAACUGGAAAACAAAGAUCUGUCUGAUGUUGCUUUGAAAGUAAAAUUACAGAGGGAGUUCCGUAAAAAGAUGGAUGCCGCAAAGCUGAAAAUCCAGGUCUUACAGAAGAAGCAACAAAAUAGUAAGAAGUUGGCAUCACUUUCAAUCCAAAAUGAGAAACGUGCUAAUGAAUUAGAGCAGAGUAUAGAUCACAUGAAAUAUCAAAAGGUACAGCUGCAAAAGAGACUUCGAGAAGAAAAUGAAAAAAGGAAGCAACUGAAUACAGAAAUUCAGCGGGAUCAACAAAAAAUCAAAGAACUAAAGUUAAAAACAGAACUGGAAGAAGGUUUGAAACUGAAAACUGAGGACCUAGAUGCAUUUAAGAUGGAAAGAAGAAAAGGUUUGUUUGGAAGUAUAGACCAGCUCCAGAAAUUAGAUGAGCAAAAGAAAUGGUUAGAUGAAGAAGUAGAGAAAGUUCUGAACCAACGCCAAGAAUUAGAGGAGCUGGAGGAAGACCUGAAGAAGCGGGAGGCCAUCGUUUCUAAGAAGGAGGCCCUGUUACAGGAGAAGAGCUGCCUGGAAAAUAAGAAGUUGAGAUCUAGUCAGGCCUUAAGCACAGAUAGUUUGAAAAUAUCAACUCGCCUGAGCUUGUUGGACCAAGAGUUGUCCAAAAAGAAUGUGCAGCUCCAGAGUACCACAGCUGAAGAGAAAAUAAAGAUUUCAGAACAAGUUCAAGCCCUCCAGAAAGAAAAAGAUCAGCUACAGAGACGAAGAAACAGUGUGGAAGAGAAACUUAAAAAUGGUAGCGUGUUAUCACCUGAAGAAGAACACACUCUUUUCCAGCUUGAAGAAGGGAUUGAAGCGUUGGAAGCUGCAAUUGAGUAUGAAAAUGAAAGCAUCCAAAGUCGCCAGAACUCGCUCAGAGUUUCAUUUCAAAGCCUCUAUCAUAGCGAAGCAAACGUCUUGGAAAAACUAAUUGCCCUGAAUCCUACUGAGAUUAGAGCUAUCCUUUUCAGAUAUUUCAAUAAGGUGGUUAAUUUGCGAGAAACUGAGCGAAAACUACAGUUACAGAAUAAAGAAAUUAAAAUUAAGAUCCUGGAACAGGAUAAUAUGGUUCGUGAAUUGGAAUCUGCACUGGAACAUCUGAAAUUGCAGUGUGAUCGGAGACUGACCUUCCAACAAAAGGAACAUGAGCAAAAAAUGCAAUUGCUGUUACAUCAUUUCCAAGAGCAAGAUGGGGAAGGCAUUAUGGAAACUUUAAAAACAUAUGAAGAUAAAAUCCAACAGGUGGAAAAAGAUCUUUAUUUCUAUAAGAAAACCAGCAGAGAUCUUAAGAAGAAACUUAAGGAAUUGUUAGGGGAAGCAGUUUGGAGGCCACCGGUACCAUCUGAAUAUCAUGAUGCUGGAGAUGGAAUCCUGAACCCAGAAGAAGCAAGCAUGGUUUCAGAAGAAUUAAAAUGGGCAUCCAGAACUGAAAGUAUGAAAUUAAGUGGAAGGGAAAGAGAAUUAGACAGUUCAGCAAGCAGUUUAAGAACACAAACAAAUUCUCAGAAGCUCUGGGAAAAUGGCCCUGAAUUACCUCCAAUUUAUAGCUCUUUAGCACCCACUAGUGGACAUUUGUUAAGCGACGAGGAUAAAACAGAAAUAGAUGAAAAUCAGUUUAGAAAAUCUCACAGUCAACCAUCACCCCAAAUUCAGCCAAUGGGAAAUGUGGGACCGCUUCAUGGUGUCAUGCCUGUAAAGUUGUGUCGCAAAGAGUUACGUCAGAUUUCUGCCUUGGAACUAUCAUUACGACGGUCCAGUCUUGGAGUUGGGGUUGGAUCUAUGGCUGUCGAUUCCAUUGAAAUAGCUAGGAAACCGAGUGACUUAAAAACUUAGGUAGUUAUUCACAGAACUUUUAAUUUGCUUUUCCAUAAUUACCAAACACACAUUUUCCAAAUACUGUCAAGUAAUGGAACAUUUAAAUUUUUCCACUUACAAAUUUGUCUAAAAUUCUUUUCCAGGCAUAUUUGAAGAACAAGAUAAAGAAUAGAAUAAUAAACUGUAUAUCCAUCAAAUGUAUAUUAUUAUAUAAUAUAAAAGUAUAUUACGUAAGUAUGUUAUAAUGCAAUAAUUAUAUCUUAUAAGUUUGUGACUGUUAUUUUCAAAUACAAGUUGUUGGGUUUUUUUAUUUUAAAAUGAUCCAGUUAAAUAUUGCUUAUGUCAGAGGGAAAGUCACCUACUGCAUAUGUAUUGACACAGCUAAAAACCUGUGCCAAAAUGUAGUCUGGCAACUGGUUAGAUUUGUGGAUUAAGGUUAAUUUAUGAUCCUUAGAACCCACAGAGGUUGAGUGAUCAGUCUUAAUUCUUUAAACAUGGCCUCUGUUCUUUUUCUGGAAUAGUAUUUAGAAUGUUAUAAUAUUGGUUUGAUAAUAUUAUGGAAUACAUGUUUUCAUUUCUUUCCUGUCCUAUCUAUUCAACAUCUCUCUCUCUUUAUGCUACUAAAAAUGGGAGAAAUUAGUGCAGUUCUAUGAAACAGGGAAGCAAUAAUAGAAUAACACUAAAGCAUUCUAACAUUUCAAGGAAAAUAUAUCUGGUUACAUGAAAUCUAUAUAUAUAAAACCCUAAGUGACUGGUUGACCCUUCCACCAGUCACUUUGAUGCGCACUGACCACCAGGGGGCAGGUAGACGCUCAACGCAGGAGCUGCCCCCUGGUGGUCAGUCCACUCCCACAGCUGACUGACGGGCGCCAGAUGCCAGGCUCACGGCUGGUGAGUGCAGCUGCGGCAGGUCCAGCUGCAGCAGGUGCAACGGGGCUGAGAUGAGCGGGAGUGGCGCCCAGCCUGGGCUCGGACUCCUACCUGGCCACCUGCUGUUUCACACACUACUACAUUCCUCAGGGGAUAUUGGACGGCGGUUUCUGCCCGAUCCCCACAGACCAGGUUAUCAGGCUGAAACCGGCAGUCUGACAUCCCCCGAGGGAUCCCAGAUUGCGGAUUGCGAGAAGGGCUCAGGCCAGGCUGCAGGACCCCACAGCAGAAAUCUGUGUACCGGGCCUCUAGUACACCUAUAAAGCUUGAAGUCGAGCCAGAAGAUCUUUAACUAAUAAUAUGAUGCACAUCAUCUGAGAAUUUUCUCUACAACCUGUUUAGUCAGGCUUUGCACCCAGACAGGCCAGACUACAUUGGGGCUGUAAGUAAGUAAAUGAAAAUUUUUCUUCAAUAUUUUUUUGGUCUAAACCUUAUAUAAUAACUUCAUUUGGAAUUAAGAACUAAACAUUAAUUUGCCCAACAUAAUACAGUUUGCACUUUUGCACUAUAUUUUUCAAUCACAGAAAAUAUCCCGUUAUAAUGACCGGAGAGAUAUUUUGUUACUUUUUUACUUAUUUGUGAUUUUUAUUACUUUUCCAAAGUUUCACUUAAAAUAAAGUUGUUUCUUUAAUGUUUGGGUGGGAUGGUAGCAAAAACACCCUUACUUAUAGAUGCCUACUCAAUGAGUCACUCACUUCCUUGCUGACUCGAUUUUUUUCUUAUCUGGUGCUGCUAUUUUUUUCUUUUGCCCCUUUCUCUGUUGCUGUUGAGCCUGACCAUCUUACCUAAUGCCCAAACUAUUACCCUGUGCUCAAAGACUUAAUGGUUCCUUUUUUUAGUUUCUAGCCCCUAGGGAAUAGGGUCCCCUGGUCCCACAGCUAUAGGAAAAGAAAACCAAACCAAUACAAACUUCUAAAUUGGCGAAUAUUUUAUAUAUCUCUUAAGCAUGGUACUAAAAUUCACUUAAAUUAUGGGUUAGACUUCUGUAGACUUACCUGGGAAAUGAACUAUAGUUUUAUAACAUUGGCCCAAUGAGAAACUGCUUCAAACAAUGAAAUUAUAAACUAUCUUGGAAAUUUUGUUUUUAACGGACUAUUUGAAGUCAGAUUCUGGUUUUAAGUGAGUCUCCUUCUUUUGCCUUUGUUUUGUAUGAUAUAUAUUUAAUGUCUAUCCUAUGUAAUGUGUAAAUAUAUAAUGGCAAAAUCCAGUGCCUUAACAAAGCAUAGCAAUUAUAUAUUAAGCAGAAGCCCAGUGCACGAAUUUGUGCACGGGUGGGGCCUAGCUGGCCUGCCCUGAUCGGGGCUGAUCGGGCUGGGCUGGCCUGGGGGAGAGGCCUCGGGCAGUUGGCCUGCCAGCCCCACCCCCUGGUUGAACUCAUGGUUGAACUCCUAGUCGAAGGGACAAUUUGCAUAUUAGUCUUUUAAUGUAUAGGAUAAAUACAUAUUUAUUAAUGAAGGUCCCAAUUUUAAAUAACUUAGAAAUAAUUCAUGUAAGAAUGUAUUCUGAUACUGGAAUCCUGCUUGCCCAAGAAAUUGACACAUAUUUGUUUUAUCUGUGGCAAUAUAAACACAUUUUCUGAAAGCCAACUCAAAAUAAGAAGUUAUAUCCAACCAACAGUGAUUAGAUUUGAUAAUGCAAAUGUGAACUGACUUCUAAAUAGCAGAGGUACAGAUUUUUCCUUCCUCCAGUUAAACAUAUAUCCUUUCUAUGCUAUAUAAAUACACAACACACAUAUAAAUAAUAUCCUGAAUAAUACAUUCUAGAAGUGAACCUCUUAUCAUUUUAGUUUAGUUAGUGCCCUCACAAAGGAAAGAAAAAUUAGGGCAUCUGCUCAAGGCAAGUAAAAUUAUUUUUUUACAGAUAUUACUAAUAAGUUUUACUUUUUAUUUCACAUGAUUUCUUUAGUUUAAACAUUUUAUCAUUGUGUUUGCCUUUUUGCAUGUAUAUAAAAUGUUUAUGGUUUUCUUAUUGUUGUUCAUUAUGGGUACCCCCCACCAUACCCAUACCAGAGCCUUUGAAAGAAGACAUGCCUGCAUCCAAAAAAUACUAGUUCCUUUCCUAUCUCCAGAGUGUUAUAGGUAACAGUGUUGGAGAAUUCUCUAAGUAUAGGUAACCAUGGGCAUAACAACAUCAAUGAAAAGCUUUUGUGCUUUAAUGUUUUUCUUUUGCUAAUUGUUUUUUCUUUCUUUUUCUUUUUUGGUCCCAUGAUUCUUGUUAUCUUUAUGAACUCAGGGUUCAAGGUGUCAGCUAAAAUACACAUGGUCUUCAUUAAGUGAACUUGAUUGCCACUAGCCAAUUGGCUUGUUUGUAUUGGUCCAGGUCAAUAAAGUGAUAAAUCCUUAUUCAAGAAUGGGUGUCUUAUAUGAAAACACACACACACACACACACACACACACACACACACAAACAGGUCUUAUGCUAAGUUUUAGAAUGAAAUGCCCAGGAGUCAAAUCCUUAGUGGUUCUAUAGCCUACACAAAUUCUUAUGCAUUUAAUGCAAGUGUGACGUAUUUUGCUCUUUCAAUUAUUUUCUUAGGCACAAACUUGUGACUUUAAAUCACUCGAGUAUCGAUAUGUGAAUGUUCGCUGUCUAUAAUAUCUGUAAGCUCAUGUCUACAAUUCCUCUCUCAACUUCACUGCAAUUUUUAAAAACAUGCAUUAUGUAUAUUUUAUUUUUAAAAUAUUUUUAUUGAUUUCAGAGAGGAAGAAAGAGGGACAGAGAGAUAGAGACUUCAAUGAUGAAAGAGAAUUGUUGAUCAGCUGCCUCCUGCAUACCCCCUUCUGGGGAUUAAGCCCAUAACCCGGGCAUGUGCUGUGACCAGGAAUCAAAUCAUGACCUCCUGGUUCGUAAGUCAAUGCUCAACCACUACGUCACACUGGCCGGGCCAUUAUGUAUAUUUUACAUUUCAAGUUAUUACACCUCUGGCCAGUUAGCUCAGUUGGUUAGAGUGUUGUCCCCAAUAUGCCAAGAUUGUGGGUUUGAUCCCUGGUCAAGAAACAUAGAAGCAGCAGCAAAUGAAUGCAUAAAUACUAGGUGUACCAGUUAAUGAUGCAGAUUUUUUUCAAUAGAUGGAGUUACACAUAUGUUAACAUACAUGGGAUUUGAUAUGUAUGCUAUUUUGUUGUAUUGAUAGCAAGCUUCAAAACUUCAUAUGUCAAAUUUGCUGAAGGUGUUAACAUCAUAGAUAUUUUUACGCUUAAAAAUGUCAAAUUUCGUACCAAAAAAAGAGCAUUUGCGGGAAGUUUUAAUUCAUUAUUUUGAAGAAAAGUACUGCUGAAAGUUAUCAUAUACUUCGGGAAGCUUAUGGUGAACAUGCUCCAUCUCAAGAUACCUGUUAACGCUGGUUUAAACGCUUUAAAAGUGAUGAUCUCAAUGUGAAAGACAAUGUCCAGGUCAACCGAAAAAGUUUGAAGACUAAAAAUUACAAGCAUUAUUGGAUGAAGAUGCAUGUCAAACUCAAAAACAACUUGCAGAAAGAUGAAACGUUGCUCAGCAAACCAUUUCUGAUCGUUUACAAGCAAUGGGAAAGAUUUUAAAGGAAGGAAGAUGGUUGCCACAUCAACUGAACACAAGACAAAUGGAAAGCCAAAAAGUUAUCAGUAAAAUGUUGCUUCAACGGCACAAAAGAAAGUCUUUUUUGCAUCGAAUUGUGACUAGCGAUGAAAAGUGGAUUUAUUUUGAGAAUCCCAAAUGCACAAAAUCAUGGGUUGAUCCAGGUCAACCAUCAACAUCGACUACAAGGCCAAAUUGCUUUGGAAAGAAGACAAUGCUCUGCAUUUGGUAGGAUCAGGAAGGUGUGGUAUAUUAUGAGCUUCUAAAACCAGAUGAAACCGUAAAUACUGUUCUCUACCGACAACAAAUAAUUUGAACUAUGCUUUAAUCAUGAAACGACCAGAACGGGCCAGAAGACACGGCAAAGUAAUUUUACUUCCUGAUGAUGCACCAUCACACACUUCAAAAACAGUUAAAGACACGUUAAAAGAUCUUGCCUGGGAAGUAUUAACCCACCCGCUGUAUUCAACAAACCUUGCUCCUUCAGAUUACCACUUUUUCCAAUCGAUGGCACACACACUUUCUGAGCAGCACUUCAAAAUGUACAAAGAAGUGGAAAAUUGGGUCUCUGAAUGGUUUGCCUCAAAACAAGAAAAGUUCUAUUGGGAUGGUAUCCACAAAUUACUUGAAACAUGGGGGAAAUGUGUAGCUAGCGAUGGACACUACUUUGAAUAAAGCACUUUUGAUGUUUCUCUUAAAAUUAUUGUGUUUUCUUUGAUUACAAAAUCUGCAUUAUUAACCGAUAUACCUAGUAAGUGGAACAACAAGUCAAUGUUUCUCCUCCCUCCCACUUUCUGUCUCUCUUAAAUCAAUAAAAAUUUGUUUAAAAUAAGUUAUUACAGGCUAUGGGCUGCCUUCACUAGUACUGAUAACACAUUCUUCUACAUUUAUAUUUUCAAAAUUGAAAAUAAAGGUGGGAAUAAGAUCUUUCUUCAAUGCAUUGGGUAUGUUGUAUUUUAGAGCUCAUAUGGGCAGUAGUGUUCAAAGGGUGGGGUAGUGGGAUUCUGCCCAACAAGGAAGGAAUAUUUUAUCAUUGCCAUUGUUUACCUUGAUCCUGAAAAUAAAAAGCAGAUGACUU